AACCGCUCUGCUUGUUGCUGCUUCUAACUUCACUUGUACGCCAGAAGUAGUGACAUCCGAGUACGCCAUGUUUAAGAUCCCCAUGGACGGUUGUGGCGUACGCAGAGUGGUUGUGGGGAAAACGAUGAUCUACUUGCUGGAGGUCAUCAACAAAGUUAAUGCAAUCAGUCUCAACUAUGGCGCCAUCACGAGAGACUCUCCUGUCAGGUUGCUGGUUGAAUGCCGAUAUGUACCCGGCAGUGCACUGACUGUGAGUUACUUGGUCAAAACUCCUUCCCUGGGUCCUGCAGUUCAAACCCAAGGCAUGUUUGGAGUCCAGCUCAGGAUUGCCAAAGAUGCCGAGUACAGCAGCUACCACCCUCAGUACCACCAGCCCUUGCAAAUGCUUUUGGGGAAGCCCCUUUAUUUGGAGCUGCGACUGCUCAACGCUCCAGAUCCCAGUCUGGUCCUUCUGGUGCACUACUGUGUGGCGUACCCUCGCUCUGGAAAAGCGGUGUGGGUGCUGCUGUACAACGGAUGUCCCAACCCCUUAGACCCUGCAGCCCAGCAGUCGGUGCUCCUGGACCCCCGCCCACCUCCUCCACACUCUCAAAUCCGACGCUUCACCGUGACCACCUUUCAGUUCCUACCUGAUCGGGAGUUUAAGGAUCCAGAGGAGGAGAUCUACUUCAUGUGCUCCACGGAAAUCUGCUCGCCCAGCGAUGGCCCCUGCGUGGAAGGAUGUUUUGGUCGGUGACGUUACACUGGGGAGGCAUGAGGACGGUGGAAAUGACGAUCCAGUGGGUAACAAUGAAAACCUCCUAAAAAGUGUUCCUCACACCACCGACGUUCUUCUCAUCUCAGGACUGGAGAACGAAAUUAUUUUUACAGCUAAUAAAAGAUCAAAA